AUGUCUACAUCUCGUAUCAACGUUGCAAUCAUCGGCGUCGGCUUGGUCGGCAGUGAGGUAAUCUCACAAUUGGUAACAGCAGCCAACUUGAAGAAAACAUUCGCAAUCGUUGCUUUGCAAAACAGCAAAAAGACUCUUUUGAUCGAUCCAAAAUCAGACGGUGCUAAUGCUUUGUCUGAUUGGAAGACAAAAUUAACCAACAGCUCUCAAUCUGCUUUGCCUUUGCCGGAACUCACAAGCCAUCUGGCUAAAUUGGGAAACCAUACAGUCGUCGUUGAUAAUACCUCUAAUGAUGAUGUUGCUUCAUUUUACCCAAACUUCCUCAAAGCUGGCUUGAGUGUUGUAACCCCCAACAAAAAGGCAUUCUCAUCUUCUUUGGAAUUAUACAAGCAAAUCUUACAGGCAGCUGCAACACCUUCGACUUCAACCGGCAAGACACCUUUGUUGUACGGAGAAAGUACAGUUGGUGCCGGUUUGCCAAUUCUAUCAACAUUGAAGGACAUCGUUGAAACUGGUGACGAAGUCGUAAAAAUUGAAGGUAUCUUGAGUGGUACUCUCAGCUACAUCUUCAAUGAAUGGUCAACACCAAAAGGAAGCACUAAGAAAUUCUCUGAUAUCGUCAAAAUUGCCAAGGAGCAAGGUUACACUGAACCACAUCCAGGAGAUGAUUUAUCGGGUAGUGAUGUAGCACGUAAGCUUGCAAUUCUUUCCAGAUUGAUCCCAAGCUUGCGUGACGAACUUCCUCAAGGAUACCAGUCCGUAGCCACUCGCAGCCUCACACCCGCUCCUUUGGCUGACGUGAAGGAUGGUCAAGAAUUCGUGGAUAAAUUACCACAAUUCGAUGCAGAUUUCGAUGCAUUGAACUCGGAAGCACAAAAAAACGGAAACGUGUUACGUUACGUUGGUGUGAUUGAUGUACAAAAGAAGGAGAUCAAAGCAAGUUUGGAACAAUACCCUGCCACACAUCCAUUCGCAACCUCAUUGCAAGAUUCCACUUCAACAGUCGCAUUUACCACUAAAAGAUUUAAUAAAUUCCCAAUGAGCGUUACUGGAGCAGGUGCAGGUGCUGCCGUUACCGCACAUGGUGUCAUCUCUGAUUUGAUCAAAGUUGCUGAAAGACGUUCAACGGAAUCUGAUCGACCUCUUUGA